CUCUCCCUUUUCUAGUCCGCCUCGUCGCCGCGCCGUUGCUGUGCGCCGCGAUCGAGCGAACGGCGAAUCGACGAGCAACAGCAGAGAGUCGCGGAGCAGCAGCUAGUAGUGAGAGCCAGCCAGUCGCGGGGGCACGCGGGGUCAGUCAGCCGAUAUAUUAUGUCAAAGCGAGACGCGGCGUGAGCGCGUACAUUAUUCGUAUAUUUAUUCCUGCGAGCACGCGGGAGUGUCGUUCGAUCUCUUGGGAGGUUCUUUUUUUUUUUUUGGCGAGUGCAACAAGACCAGCCGGAUGCGUGCGAAACGCACGUUCGCCGGCCGUUGAUCAUCCCGGAGGCCAAGUACAUCCUGGAUGCGAAUGUGCUCUCCUCACGGUGUUUUGUCCUCUUCGGCGCGUCCCUCUUCCCGAAAACGCCGCUAUGCUGACUCUGCAACGUCAAUUGGAACAGACAAUAGCUCGAAAAUGGGGUUGGAACGACGGCGCAACAAACUGAGCGAGACGUCGAUGAAGUAAAUCAGCUUAGAAUCCGUGAAGAAGAUGAUGACUGCCAUGGCCCGGUUGCCUUGCAAGCAAUCAUCCUCGCCCUCGCAGCAGCCGAGAGUGAACAAUUUCGGAAACAGCCGGAAUCCUUACUGGGACAUGCAGCAGGCUAGGCAUCCUGCACCACCGUACGUCAGAAAUCAUCAUCGGCAUGCCGAUCAUACAGGGAAGCGGAAGAGCGCUGUGGAAUUGCUGCAGGAGACGAAAGCCUUUUAUGUGAAGAGCGAGACCGUGCUGGAUCGGAAGCAGGAGUUGAAAAACAGCGGCCACCUACAGGUUUCCCAGCUGAGCGCUCCCGGCGCACCGCCUCCCAGAUUACUGCGAAAAUGCACCGGCAACUCGUCCGUCUGUUCGAUGCAGCCGACGUCGCCGUCGCAGUUGCAGGCAACCCCCUUGACGCCGCCCUGCUGCUGGGCUUCGUGUCACGAACAGGACAGACUAGACGGGAUUUUGAGUCCUCAACAAACACUGCCACCCGCGCUGCCACCGAAAAGUCCACGUUUGGUUCCGGUUCCACAGAGACGGACGAUUUCAGCCCCGAGCAGUACCGGAGGCGAUCAAUUGCAAACAAAGCUGCGGCGGCUAUUAAACACCGACAGCAAGGAGAACGUAUUCUUUCCGGACAGUCCGCCGCAGAGUACGACACAAAGUAACGGCGUGUCCGUAACGCGAGAAGAAAAAUUUCGAUACUCACCUGGAAGUCUCUCGCCUGGCUGUCGAGACGAAGAUCGUAUAUUGCAUUGCGCGCCGCAGGAUGUCCGUUUCAAGUUCGGCAGAAGCAACUCGCACUCGCACACUUCCGGAAGAUCCGGUCGCAAGUCAAAUAGCUCCCCGUCGGUGGAGAAUACGAUAUGUCACAAGUCUUUGCCGGAUCUCCACACAAGUACGCGUCGUCGGGCGUCUCUCUCACCUCGCGCAUCCACGAAAUUAUCGGCGAAACCGUCUGCCCAUCACCAAGCUACUAACACGAGCAAUUGUCCGGAUUACGAGACUAGUUCGGAUUAUUCAGAUCACAGUUUUAAGCGUGACGCCGUUUGCUAUCGCAGCUCCCGUCAUAUUAGGCGAUCUUUGGGAUCUGGCGGUGGUGAUGCAAGCAGUGUGUUAUCUUCAGGUGGACGAACGCAGAAAUCAUCGGGCUCCAGUAAGUUGAGCCACGGCGCGACAGCCAGAGACUCUGGUGGUUCCUCUGGACACUGUACUCAUCGCAGCGAACCAGCACCUAGAAUACAGGAUUGUUGGACUCAUAUCCGUAGAGAUAGUGGAGCAUCUACGCAACAUUCCACCGAGAAAGACCGAUCGAGGAAAGGCAGUUACAUUGGUGGUACACUGCCACCGGUUGUAAGACACUAUAGUCCGGAUUCUGAAAGUAGCAAUAGUCAAACAGACUAUAGUCCGACCUGUAAUUCGAGGUUUUCUGAUGGUUGGAAGGAAGGUCGCGGUCGACCGAUUCUAAGAUCAAAAUCGGAUAUCAGUGAUCGAUAUUGGCGUCAGGAUAAUGGUCGUUCCAGCAAAGUAUCAUCCCGUCCUCCGCGAUCGAUGACUCAACUCGAGAAUUUCUUCGACCGUUUAGGAUUGGAUUCGGAUAACUAUCAGCGUAUCACGGAACCCGACUCCAAGUCAUCGUCGCCCAUAUUCUUCGACAGCGUCAGCUCCGUAGAUUCGGCAUUGGGUCUCUAUUCUUGGGUCAGCAAUAAUCAGACAAGUCAGAGUAACCAGUGGCAAAAUAACUGCAGCAUCGGUAUGGGUAACGACGAGUGUAAUCAAAGGGUAAACGAUCCGCCGAGUAUCGUCGAGCGAAACGCGCGUAUUAUCAAAUGGCUUUGCCAGUGUCGUAAAGUGCAGUUAGGAUACAGCUAAACAACGAGUUUCUCAACGUGGGUAAAUCUUUCAUUUUCCAAUAACAAUAUAUAUUCGAAUCUCAACGAUGUAGCGCGGUUUUUGCCAUUCUACAAAUGAUAUAUCGGAUACUCCGCAUUUCAUGCAUUUUUCGUAAAUGUGGAAUUGAUUAACGCUUCUUAUCCUUCUUUUAUUAUUUAACGAUAUAAUUUAACGGUUUUUGUCAAUCCUCUAUUAGCUGUUUGUAAGAAUAUAAUUAUUGUUUUAAUUUAUUGUGCUUAAUGAUAGAUGAAUCUGUGCCAUUUUAUAAUUAAUUGUUAUGAUUAUAUGUUGUGCCUUCCUUCAAACUGUGGUUAUAAAUUCAGGGUAAAGUUUUCGGAAUGUAUUUAACGUGAUAUGCGGGUUAUCGCACAUUAAUUUUUAUAUUAAAAUCUAUAUACAAAUUUUUUCGUGAUGUCUAAUAUUUUUGUGAAGGUACAUUGAAAAGUGUUUGCUUAUAUAUAAUAUUUUUCUCGGAAAUUCGUUAUUAGGUUUUAACAUUAUUGACCUUGUAAUUAGUCUAUAAUAUGUUAUGCGAAUAUUUUUCCUAUUUAAAAAGCAAAGCAAUAUUAGAUUAUUACAAGACAUUAAUAAAAUUGUGCAUAAGAGAGAGAGAGAGAGAGAGAGAGAGAGAGGG